AUGAGCUCUUUGUUGAAGAACCCAGUCCAAGAGGCAGUCCAAGGCGCAGCCACAGAAGCCGUACAAGACACAGCAGCUACUGUGAUUGAUAUCAGCAAGGCGGUGGAGCAACUCCUGAACGGUCUUGCCAGUCAGCCACAACAGGUCCUCCAUGUCUAUUCGUACAGUGAUCAAACCAGAGCCAUCGAGGAGAAAUCAUGCAUCUCGUUCAAGAGUCUAGACGUGAACAAAAUCAAAUUGUCUGAUAUUCGGGACCUCCUGGUAAGUGAAAAGGUCUUGGAGCCGACCUUGCUCUGGAGCUCCUUCUGCAAUCAGCGUGGGGCCAAGGUCUUGGAUUCCACCGACUACAAUGCGUAUCUUGCGAUCCUGAACGAGAAAUCGAGCGAGGCUGGAGACAUUGCGGAAGACAACAGCGAUGCCUAUCGAGUCUAUCUCAAGUCGGAGAAGCUCCUUGACUAUGAAUACGCGCGUAGCCUCUUUGAUCGCGGUGUGAGAGCUAGCAUCGAUAAGAAGACUCCUGACCUGCCCGUGGCUUCGAAGCCCAAGGCUGCCGAGCUGCCCACCAGCUUCAGCCACAAUAUCUUCCUGAACCCCACAACUACCUUCUCCAUCGUUCAUCCUGCGGAUAUGUCGGAGACGCAGUGGAAUGUCGUCCUGCGCAACAAUGCCUUGCUGAACGCCUAUCGAGUGGUCGACGCGGGCAAGACGAUUGGGAAGAUAGUGGAGCGCUCCAUGCAUCCAGCCUUUGCUCUCAAGACACGCUUGUUCCAGAACUACGAGAUUUCGGCCAGUGCGGCCUCGGAUUCGAUUGCCAAGAAGGAGCAAAUGCUGAGAGUCCCUCGGUAUCGGAUCGAGGACGACUCCUACAUAGAACAGUUUGAGAAGACCAGCUCGGUCUCGCGGGCAAUUGCCCAGAGCUCCUUGUCUCAGCUUGCAGCUGAAUUGGCUAUAGAGGGCGGUGCGUUCGGGUUCAGUGCCAGUGCCUCCGCUAGCUAUGGGGAAGAUAAGUCCUCUUCUAGCUCUGCGAGCUCAAGUGAGGACAGUCGAGUCAUGACUAUUACCUACAACUUCCCUCGCGUGGUUCUCGAACUCGACGCCUCGAGCCUCGAGCUUUCCGAGGAGUGCAAAUUCGACUUGGCAACCGUGAGCACUGCCGCCGACAUCGACAGCUUCAAAAACAAGUAUGGCCGCUUCUAUCCCACCCGCAUCGAGCUGGGAGGAAGACUGCACUCCUCGGAGAAAUCGAGCUCCACCAGCACCGCCGACAAAGAUGAACAAGCGAAGUCCAUGCGAGCCGCCGCGGCCCUCUCCUUUUCGUCUCCGUACGUGCAGGCCUCGGCCAAAGUAAGCUACGGUCAAUCCUCGGAUUCGAGCUCGCAGAACUCGGCUGCCUCGGCCACCAAGUCCAUCUCUUGGGAGGCCAAGGGCGGAGAUACUCUGCUUUGUAAUGAUCCCCCAGCGUGGGCCUAUACCGUUGGUUCCUUCUACAAUUGGCGAGCUGUCAAGCAAUCCCGGGUGCUUGCCCUCGAGGAUGUGAUUGCCAGCAUCCCAGGGUACCAGGACAUCAAGCAGAAAUUCGCGGACAUUCUCCGCACGGGCAGUCAAACCAAACCGACCAGCUCUGAGGUCGUGGUCAAGUUCAAGUUAAUUCACUGCUGGCAUGGGAAGACGGUCGCCAUCAAGUCAAGCCAACAGGGACCGCGGUACCGGGAGGAGAUUUUCAAGCUCACCAAGACCAACGUGAUCACCGAAGAACGCCGGAGAUACCUGAACGAGCUCUCUGAGGCCGUUGCCGAGGGAGUCCCGCUGGAGGUGCAGACGGACAGCAGCUCCAACAACAAUCAGAAGCUCUGCAUCAACGUCAAAAGCACCGAGACCAACGGCAAGAAUCAGAUCAAGUAUAACUACCCCUAUCGUAUCUACAACAGCGGAGACGGGGACGUCUGGCUUGGUGCCAGCCCCGUUCUCCAGGGCUAUCUGAACACCUCCCUGAUUUGGGCCGGCACGCGGGAGAAUGCCACAACCUUCCAGUUUGCCAGCACCAAAGCAGGGAAUGAUUCUGAGUAUGUGCAGGAGGAGGACGAGGUCUACAUUGUCCUAAAUGACAAGGAAGGUAACUCUAUCAGGGCGGCGGCGUGGCUGCAUAGUCCAGUGGGUUGCAUUGGUACACAUAUCGACUCUUUCCAAGACCCUGAAUAUUACUGUUUCAGAUUCAGCUACUUGAAGGGAUGA